UCGUAGUUUGUCUGUUGUGGGAUUAAUUAAAGUCGUGGCGCGGGGUAGCUACGGUGUCACCGCGGUGGUAUCCAACAACCUGCCGGCGAUAAUCUCUCUUCCUGGCGCCCUUUUGACCACACAGCGGGACUAAACAUCAGCGAAACCUGCAACUAAUGACCGGUAAACAUCACAAACUCCGCCAUACAUGUACGUUAGCUACGUUUUGAGGGAAACAACAUAGCGGUAUCACCUCGCGAAGGGACUAUGUCACUCUGAGCUACUGCAGACCAAGAAGAAACAAACUCUCAGCAACCACCGGACAACUAUAGGUAAAACGGAGCACGCUGCAUCGCAGUAUCUUUCAGCGAGGUCAUCCGAAGAGUUCUACAUAUUUCACCGUUUUGUUGUACCAAAGCAAGCACAGAUUGGUAUCUAGUGGCUGUUUUGUACAUAGUGACGAAAGAUAUCGCCACAAAGUCGUCCAGAAAACUCAGAAGGAGUUGCCAAUGCUCUGAGACCCCGACGGAUUUUUCAGAAGACACUUUUGAAGAAGUAUCUAGUGGCUGUUUUGUAUAUAGUAACGAAAGAUAUCGCCACAAAGUCGUCCAGAAAACUCAGAAGGAGUUGCCAAUGCUCUGAGACCCCGACGGAUUUUUCAGAAGACACUUUUGGACUGCUCUUCCGUGGUACAUGUGGUGGGGUAUCUUGUUGUUUGAGACUUUGGUAACGGUUGCUCGGUUGAUAGGCACAUAUUGACUAAAAUUAUCGAUUGAAAAGACGGAACAGCAGCGUGGAAAGGUGGCGACAAAAAGGAGGAUUUCAGACGAACUUGCACGGGACUAACGAUCUACAACAAGAGAUUAUAAACUGAAGUAAGCAAAACCCAGGCAGUUACCAUGGCGACCGGAGGGAGACCGGAAGUACCGGAGGAGGAACCGGAAAUAGACCCGUACCAGGGCCUCGACAACGAGGAACUAAAAAUCGCGCUGAAACUCGCGGAGGAAGAAACGCGAGGCUUGUACGCGGACUUAAAAACAACCAUGGAAGAACACGAGAGAGCAAAACAAGAACUGGAACAGAAGCUGACCAAAGCCCUGCAAGAAAAGCAGACCAUAACCAAAGAAAGGGACGCAGCCGUGGCCAAGUUGAGGGGAGUUAAAGACGACUCCGUUGCAAAGGAUCAUCGAAACUCACAGAGAAUUAAGGACCUUCAGUCAAAACUACAGGAAAAGACUUUGGAAUGUAAGAGACUUCUAAGAAGCAACGAGUUGCUGAGGAAGAAACUUAACGCGCAACAGGCCAAAAUGAAGUUCGAAGUUGACAAGGAGGUGAAGAAAUUUAAGAACCAGCAGAGGAAGCUGGAGGAGGAAAAUGAAGAAGCACAGAAGGAGGCGAAGGAAGCGGCGAAGAAAGUCCAACUUCUUCAAAAACAGAAAGAAGACGAGGCGCGGCGGAAGAUGCUGGCUGAGGAGCGGCUGCACCGUCUGGAGCGGGAGAACGAGCUGAUGGAGAGGAAACACUUCAUGACGGAGCGUGCGCUGGAGGAGGCCGUCAGGAAGAUGAAGGAGGUGCGAGUGGAGAAGGCCGUCCUUGAGGACAUGGAGCGUGACCUUCAGGAGGUCGCGCAGCUCGAACUGGCCAAUGAGAAAGAAGAGAAGGAUGGGGAGAACCUGCGGAGCAUGCGCAGACGGGAACUGGAGAGGACCAACAAGCAGAAGAGCCAGAUCAAACCGGUUCAGGACACGCACCACGUGCAGGCCACUCAGGACAUGAAGGCCAAGUUUCUGGCGCUCACCACCAUCCCUGAGGAAAAAGUCGUCUGAAACGACACUACGUCACUGGCUGGUGCUGACGUCACAUCCGGUAAUGACGUCACUUCCUGGACAUGCUUGCGGCUCCAUGAACAAUAAGCUUUCUUACAGUGUGUGGUCUAAUAUCAAAGUCUAAGGUUAUUCUUUAUCAAUAUGCCAGGGACCUUAAACUUUGACCUUAGACCACAAUGCAUCAUUCUGCACACGAGCCUUUGAAACUGUGAACCGUCUAAUUAAUAGAUUCCAUGACUUGAACAAUUUUUGUGUAAUGUGUGCUGAAAAUUAAUGAUUAAGUUUGCGCCAAAAUAUUACAAUGUUGUUACAAGAUUAUUAUAAUAUCAUUACGUCAUAAAGAGACAUUUGACAACGUACAGCCAUGUAAUAUAUGUUCUGCUUGCAUAAUAAAAUGUUAACAACGAAAGAUUUUAUGUGGGUGUAUCUCACUUAGCUUGAGAUAGUGCUAGCGUUAGAAAUGAGAACAUGUUAUAAGUAGGUGAGUACUAUGCUUAAAAUAAACCCAUGCUGCAAUAUUGCCGUACAAUUUUUCAUAAUUAAACAGCUAUGAAGUUUUCAAGUGUUCAUGUCAAAGAUGGUGCAACAGUUCCUAAUUACAUACAACCAUUGAACAAAGAUGUCUAUACAAAAUAUACUACUGGUGUUGCUGAAUAUCGAAUCAUAAAGAUCACACUUCAAGUUCUGUAUUUUGAACAGUCAGGUUCUGAACUGGAUGCCGUGUUUUCUAUGACGUCAGGGGCCGAAAUUCACGUGACUACAUUGUGGUAGAAAUCAGAAACCAGGAGUGUGAUUUGAAAUAUUCGAUGUUAAAUAGGGUAAUAGGACUUUUAAAUUACAUCAGAAGGGAUUACAUUUUGUUCAAACGUCUAUGUUCAUUGUAUAAUACAGUUAUGACUGAAUGUAAUUAGGAAAUGUUUAUUUUUUUGUGACAUUUGCACUUUAGACCUAAAAAUAAACCUUUAUCAGCCAUUGGAUAUAGAAUUAUAAUAACUUUUAAUAUUCCAAAGCAAAGAGCAAUGCUUCUGUGUGGCACAUGUACAUACUUCGCCCGAUAUUUGAGUGUUUUGUGGAAUUUAUACUUUGACAGCAAUGUUUCUAUAAUUAACUGUUUUGAUGAUGUUUAUGUAUUUCGCAACGUUAACGCCAAUUAAGACAUAAGUUGUUGACAAGAAAAUAUUUGUUGCUAACAUAUUGUGUAAUAAUGAUAUUUGUACCGAAGGAUCUAUUGUGAAAUUUAUCUAAGCUUGAAUAAGACUUUGUACAAUCUUUAGAUAUUGUGGAAAAGUAGUUAAAACACUUGGAUUUAAAAUUCCGUUGUUAUUUGCCAAAUGAAUUCGAUCAUGAAAUAGGCUUGGUAAAUAAAAUUUGUAUUCAACUUGGCAUUU